AUGCACAUCGAGCUCCUCCCGUCCGAGUUGGUCACCGACAUCUUCCUCGCCUUGCCCACCAUCUCCUCGGUCAUUGCCUUAUCUACGACCUGCUCCCACUUUCGCCAAAUCUACACAUCUUCAAAGAGACUCGGAAUCCUGUCUCAAGCAGCCGAGAACGAGUUUGGCCCUACACAAGACAUAGUCCAACUCGUCACCCACAACUCCUCCCAACCUGCACACCUUCGCCGCCAAGUCCCAUUGUCCGAAGCCUUGAUCCGCUCCAUUGUAAAAGUCGGUCGUGUUGCUGCAAAGUGGGAGGCCAUCUACCCAUUCAAGAAGUGGAAAGCCGAUUUCGAGAACAGGCGUUCGAUAUCAGACAACGAGCGUUUCCGUCUGCGACGAGCACUAUAUCGUCUCUGGCUCUUCUCUCACGCCUUCCACGAUGGCAGCAUCCUCCGCUGGAUGAGAAGCAUGCCUGCUCUCCACCACGAGCGAACACUGCUGCUACACAACUUCGACUCGGUCGAACUGGCUGAAAUGCUCGACGUCCACAACAUGCUGCGCGACACCAUCAGCAACAACAUCUGUCCAUCCAACGGCACCGUCCACCGCAAGUUCCAAAAGCGCUUCCCUAAUUCAAACUAUCAACUUCUCUUCAACACAUCCCUCAACUUUCCACCUCCCUCCUCAUUCGUGCAAGGCGGUAGCUACUACUGCUCUGAAGUCGCUGCGUCGAAAUGGCACAACAAGUACACACCCACGCCCAACCACGAGCCAGGCGCCGAAGGCUGGGGCGACGACAUUCUGCACUACUAUGUCGUUGAAGACAUGUUGAAGCUCGACCCCGAACAACUCAUCUUUCUAAAGGAAAACGCGCCCUACAAAAGCCAGGUAGAGGCUUAUAUCAGAGCACAAGGCGAUUGGUUUGACAACAACGGCGAGACUUUUGUGCAGACGUUGCAGCAGGUCAUUCGCGAUAGAGGUCAGGAGAUGGAUGACUUCAAGGAAGCGAUUGAAGAUGGGGAGUUGGGUGUUGCUCUCCGACAAGUGUAA